CUACGGAAAAAAGAAAAUGUCUCUAGUGAGCUUUUUACCAGCGCCAACACAGCUGUCGCAGGACCAGCUGGAAGCAGAGGAGAGGCUUCGCGCCCAGAAGUCCUACUCCACCGCUCUGGUCUCGUCCCGCAGAGAGCCCCCGCCAUAUGGGCACAGGAAAGGCUGGGUGCCCCGCGCCCUGGAGGACUUUGGAGAUGGAGGAGCUUUCCCAGAGAUCCAUGUGGCCCAGUUUCCUCUGGAGAUGGGCAGGAAGAGGAAAACCUCCAAUGCCUUGGCAGUGCAAGUAGAUGCAGAAGGGAAAAUCAAAUAUGAUGCCAUCGCCAGACAAGGACAGGGAAAGGAUAAGGUGAUCUUUAGCAAGUACACUGACCUGCUUCCAAAGGAGGUUCUUAAUCAAGAUGCUCAAGAACUGCAGAGGCCUGACGAGGAGUCCGUACAAGAGCUGACAGAGAAAACGCGUGCUGCCCUAAGCAAGCAGGUGUCUCAGAAGAUUGCUGCUGCCAUGCCUGUUCGAGCUGCAGACAAACAAGCUCCUGCACAGUACAUCAGAUACACCCCGUCCCAGCAGGGAGUGGCUUUUAAUUCUGGAGCCAAGCAGAGGGUGAUCCGUAUGGUGGAAAUGCAGAAAGAUCCCAUGGAGCCUCCCCGUUUCAAAAUCAACAAGAAGAUUCCCAGAGGGCCUCCAUCACCUCCCGCCCCUGUUAUGCACUCACCAAGCAGAAAGAUGACGGUCAAGGAGCAGCAAGAGUGGAAGAUCCCUCCGUGCAUUUCCAACUGGAAGAAUGCAAAGGGGUACACCAUCCCUCUGGACAAACGUUUAGCUGCUGAUGGACGGGGUCUGCAAACAGUCCACAUCAAUGAAAACUUUGCGAAACUGGCCGAGGCGCUCUAUAUUGCAGACAGAAAGGCCAGAGAGGCAGUGGAGAUGCGAGCUCAGGUAGAAAAGAAGAUGGCUCAGAAAGAGAAGGAGAAGAAGGAGGAGAAGCUCAGAGAGCUGGCUCAAAUGGCUCGAGACCAACGAGCGGGGAUUAGGAGCCACGGUGACAAAGCUGGUGGUGAGGACAGCGAGGCCAGGGAGCGUGACAUGAUCCGCACCGUCAGAAAGAAGGACCGACAGCACGACAAGAACAUUUCCAGGGCUGCUCCCGAUAAGAGGUCAAAGUUACAAAGGGAUCAGGACAGAGACAUCAGUGAGCUCAUUGCUUUGGGCAAACCCAACCCUCGUACCACCAGCGAAGCUCAGUACGACCAGCGGCUCUUCAAUCAGAGCAAGGGAAUGGACAGUGGUUUUGCUGGUGGUGAAGAUGACACAUACAAUGUGUACGAUAAGCCAUUCAACAGUGGCAGAGACAUGGCCUCCAACAUCUACAGGCCCAGCAAGAACAUAGACAAAGAUGCCUACUCAGAUGACUUUGACUCACUUAUGAAGAACAACAGGUUUGCUCCUGACAAAGAGUUCUCUGGUGCCGAGCACGGGCAGAAGAGAGAUGGACCGGUCCAGUUCGAGGAGGAUCCCUUCGGUCUGGACAAGUUCUUGGAGCAGGCCAAGCAGCACGGCGGCUCCAAGAGGCCGUCCACCAGCACCCGCUCCAAAGACGACUACCACGACAAGAAACGCAGGAAGGAGUGAGACGAGCUCCGAGCAGAAUCAGUUUGUGACGGCGUUUUCAAGAAGAGUGUCUCAACUGUUCAAUAUGGGUCUGUCUUCAAACAGAAAGGAAAAAGGUCUUUUUCUUGUGGCUCUUGAAUCUGCGUAGAACAUUUCUGUAAUAAAGGCAAGUUAAAUAUGAAACAAAUUGGUCAAAAUAACUGAAGCUAUCCUGUAUUUUUAUCCUCUACACGUAUGUUCUAGUAGAUUUUUGUACAUAUAUUAAAGAACCCCAACAA